AUGACGAUAAGGAGAAAAUACGUGAAGAAAAAGGAACGCGAGAAUGAGGAGGAGGAGGAAGGCGAAGAAGAAGACGCUUCAUGUAAUCCUAUAUUGUACGUUGAUGACUUGAAUAUCCAGAAUUUGUCAUUGGAAGUUGAUGACUACGGCAACAUGAUCACCGACUUAAUCAUUGAAGAGUCCAUGGCAGAUCCUAAUAAUAUUAAGAUGAUUCCUGCUUCGAAGAAUGCCAUUGAGUCUCUUGAGAAAGUGAAGCUUGAAAAUAAUAACCACCUAGCAGAGAGGUGCAGUAUUUGUCUGACUGAAUUUGAUUAUGGUGAUGAUGCAGAACAAGUUUCAUCAAUGCCUUGUAAGCAUAACCUGCCAGCCUGUACCCAGGUUCACACACACGUGCUGAAAUUCGGGCUGAGCUUUGAUUCCCACGCGGCCAAUGGUUUGGUCAGGGGUUACUCUGUUUCCGGAGAUUUUGCCCGUGCGCGCCUGAUGUUCGAUGAAAUGCCGGACAGGAGUUUGAGUCUUUGGACGACGAUGGUUUGUGGGUAUGUUCAGAAUCAAUGUUAUGAUGAGGCUUUGGGGCUUUUUGAUGAGAUGAUUGGGGAUGGAUUGGAGCCCAAUGCUGCGACGCUGGCUUCAGUGUUAUCGGCUUGCGCUCGGGCGGGGUAUCUUGAGCUUGGGCAGAGGAUUCAUGAGUUCAUGAAGGUGAAGGGGUUUGAAGUGAAAGUGAUUCUUGGGACGGCGUUGGUUUACAUGUAUGCAAAGAAUGGGGAGAUUGUUAUGGCUCGGAAGUUGUUUGAUGAAAUGACUGAGAGAAAUGUUGUUACUUGGAAUGUGAUGAUCUCUGGCUUGGCUGCUCAUGGACAUGUUGAAGAUGCUCUUGGUCUCUUUGAGAAGCUGAAGGAGGAGCAAGCUGUCGUCCCUAACGAUGUCACUUUCUUAGGGGUUUUGUCGGCUUGUUGUCAUGCUGGCUUGGUUGAUGUUGGUCGUGAGAUCUUUUAUUCGAUGAAAAAUGUGUAUGGGGUUGACGCAAAGAUUGAACAUUAUGGGUGCAUGGUGGAUCUUCUUGGAAAAGAGGGUAAGUUGAUAGAGGCAGAGGAACUGGUAAAAGGAAUGCCUUGGAAGCCUGAUAUUGUUAUUUUAGGAGCUUUGUUGGCAGCUUGCAAAAAUAAUGGAAAUACCAAGGUUGCUAAAAGAGUCGUAAAAGAAAUUCUUGCUCUGGAACCUCAUAAUCAUGGUGUUCAUGUUGCUAUGUCGAAUAUAUAUGCAGAGGCUGGACAAUGGAAUGAAGUUUUGAGACUGAGGAAGGUUAUGAAAGAAGAAAGACUAAAGAAAACUCCAGGGUGGAGCCUUGUUGCUACUUAAUUGAGCAUUGUCCAAAAGAUUUCGUUUUUUCAAUUGUCGUAAUUUAACCAAAGGAGUAGACUUAAGUUGCUCAAAUGUGCCUGAUUAAAUCCUAAAUCACUUCUGUUUGAACUGUUUCUGCUACUUGGAAGACCAAAAUUAGUUGAGGUAGUUGCCGAAAAGGUGGGGUUGCAGUACUACUUAUUAAUGUCUGAUUGUCGCAUCCUAGUCGCAAGAACAUAAGCACUGCUUGAGGUUCACUUCAAAGGAGUUUCUUGUUGAAAAGUGUCAUUCAAAAUGGAAUUGCUAAUAUUAAAAUUUUGGACGGAGUUAUGCUUUGGUAUGGCUAAUGUCAACAUUACUGAAUGAUUGUAGGAUUCAGAUAACUUAGAAGCUUUUCAGACAAAGAAGGAACUCCUAUGCUCCUAUUAGGAGAAAGAUGCAUGACAUGAACACUUAAACAGGCCUUGAUCAUGUCCAAGGUGUGUUAAUGAAUGCAGAGGGUGAACAGUGUGGUAACAGCUAUAUCAUAAAACUUGGUAUUUUCAAGAGCUAUUAAGAUGAAAGAUCACUCGAGUGUUGGUCUAGUGUGUUUCUCGAUAAAAGUUCAUCUCCCUAGAGGAAAACAGGGAUGAACUUGGUCCUGGUGUAUCUACCCCUCUUGGUUUGUGUCCAGUCUAGUAAAGAUCUAUGAGACAUUAGAAUAGAAGCAACCGUGUUAAACACUGAAGUAGCUGGCUCAUAUAAUCACCCAGAGCUACUCUUCUAAUGUGAACUGAUGCAAGCUGCGGCUCUCUAUUUAUUGGCUUACAAGCAAAACAUUAGCUAUAGGAGGUUGCAGUUGUGGCCUAACAUAUUCAAUGGUUGACACACCACUGACAGACGACAAUGGAAAAAAUGGACCGUAAAGCUACGCAGAUGAGCAUGUAAGGAACCGGACAGAGACAGGGGAUGCAAACCAUGUAAUUUGUGGUAGUUAUGGCUAUAGCCUAUAGGUGCUAACUUUUCAUAACAAUUUAAGGGGAAAAAAAGGAAAGAAAUCGCGCUGAUUCUUGUACUAAGGAGGAAAUUAUAAUAUUCAAGAUUACGCAUCUGGUAACCUGCAAAGUUGCAGGAAGUGAUUCCUAACCGUGUAAGUUGUAACCAUCUGCAGUGAUUUUUUAAGUGCCUGAGUAUGUUAGUGUUUUCCUUUUAUACUAGUUAUAUUAACUUCCUUUAUGUGAUAAUUCUUCAGACCAUUCAGCAGCUCAAAAGUAAAAAUAGUCUUCCGACAUUGACAAGACAGAUAGAAAAAGCAAAGAUUCAGUUUGGAAGGGUGAGAGACAUGGCUGGUGUGUUUAAAUGUUAAUCUUUCUGGAACUGUAGAAGCUGCGAAUGUGAGACACUGAAUCAACUUGGGGGUCUGACUCAUCAUCAGCAGAAGGUUCAUUUGCAAGGAAAGGAUGAGAAGCUAUUGGUUCAUUUGCGAAAAAAUGCAGGAGAUGGGAUUGGGGCUAUUACUCUGUUUGCAUGCAAAUCAUGAGAUGGGACUAUAGGCUCACUUGCCAGCACAAUCUUUUGCGAGGGAAGGAGAUUGAGUUGGGGUUAUUGCCUAAAUUUCAGGCAAAUCAUGAGAUGGUGUUAUAGGUUCAGAACUUGCAGGAAAAGCUUGAGAUGGAGUUGGGGCUAUUGGUUUGUUUUCUUGGAAUGCAUGAGAUGGAGAUAUUGGCUCACUUGCUAAU